CUUUGAUUCCAAGUAAAUUCCUUAAUUACUUAAUUAUUAGCUAAAAAUGCCUAUUAAGCCAUAUUUAGCUACUUUAAAGAACAUAGUUAACUGAUUAAAAUUUAGAUUUGUAAGUGACGUUGUCAGUUGAGGGAUUCAGACCUCUAUAUUCGAAGAUGAAGAUCUUCUCGGUAAUCCAUCAGUCCUGGCUAUUAUCAAAAUAAGACCCGCAUAUGCUCGUAUCAUUGUCUUACCAUCUCCGUGACGCAGUGGUGAAAGUUGUGUGGAAACGUGGUGUAACCAAUAAAGGUUACGGGUAUGUUGUAUGGGUCUAAUAUAACUAUGCCAUAACCCUAACAGGUUAGUCCGCUACCAUCUUGACUCAAUCAACACUUACCACCAGGUAAGAACGUAGACAAAGGCUUACCCGUAAUGGUACAAAAAAUGCUCUUUUAAGUAGUGUUAAGGUAUUAUUUUGCGUGGACGUAUAGGCUGACUAAGUUUACUAUCUGCCUCAUUUGCUAAAAUCCCUAGAUCAGUUUCUGAGAUUACGACGCACAGAUAGACAAACAGGACCGGGCAGCUUUAUUUCAUAAUACGUAGUGAUAGUGAUAAAUAUACAAAAUUAUUAAAUGAAGGCGAAUAGGAACUGGUUUUAAUAUAUGAAUAUGGUGUGAAGAUGAGUUGAGUCAGUCGCUCGGCCGAUCCUUCUCGCCACACGCAGAUCGGGCUGCUUGCUUAUUAUUUCAAUUGUUUAAAAACAUGGAGGUAAAGAUAAGUUUGUUAAUUUUUUUAACGAUAUUCUAUAACUGCAACGGGAAUGUGCCAAUACUUGGUGACAUAAUUACGGGUGCGCGCAGUGUUUUCGGCGGUCUAACUCAGGGUUUAAACCUGAAUAUCGGAGGGCACUUCGGUCUCAACACCAAAAGACCACCUCCAAAGAAGCCUGACGAAACCGUAAUUUUGGUAGUGGAUGGAGAAGAUAAUCAGAAUCAGCAGCAGCCGCAACAUGACUACAGGCCGAAUCAAAAUGGCUUUAAUGGAAAUAAUGGUUAUAACAAUAACGGAUACGGUCCUGGACCCAACGGAAACAGACCAAACCACUAUGGGAAUGGCGAUUAUUAUGGGAACGGAAACAAUGGUGUGAACCGACCAUAUGGACACGGGCGGCCACCAAAUAACAACAACUAUGGCAACGGAAAUGGGAACUACGGACAACAUCCGGGUCACGGCCACAAGCCACAUAAAUAUCCAGGUCAUCCGAAUCAAGGAAACUUUGACCGACCUGGCAACCCCGAGCAAGGCAACGAUUAUUAUGGACACAAUAAUCAAAAUCAAGGUAAUAACAAUAAUUACUAUAAUGAACAACCAAAUCAAGGUAAUAAUAACUAUGGAUAUAAUAAACCAAAUCAAGGAAAUAACUUCCCAAAUCAGGGCAACAACAAUUUCAAUAAACCAAGACCUGAUCAAGGAUUCAAUGACUAUGGUAACCAGAACAAUCAAGGAAAUAAUAAUUUUAACAACGGCUUCAAACCUACUAACAACGGCCAAACCUACAAACCUGUACCUACAUUGCCAACUGAAUCAGUAUUUACAACGAAGAAGCCUGUGAUAACUGAAAAACCUGACAUCGAUGCUCCAUUUUUCGUACCUCUUAACCCAAAUUUGACAGACAGCGGUGGAGAGAAAACUAAUACAGACCCUAAAAGAGAAACAGACGAUAACGAUGAUGACAAUUUUGAGAUAGAUAUAAGAAUAAAAGACCAAUAGGUAAUUGUUUAAAUAUAUUAUAUUCUAUAAAAUGCACGCAGCAUCAGUGAGACUGAUAAUUAAAAAAAAUAUUUUUUUAUUCCACAUCGCUGUCGCAAUAUUUUUAUUGUAAUAGUAAUAUAAAGACUAGAAUAAUGUGGUAUGAUGAGUGCCAUAGUGUAACUACUCAUAUAACGUAGGAUUUAACUUUAUACUGUAUAACUGUAUACUAGUAGAUAUUCAUAUAAGUAUUAUAUUGUUUGAAUCUUCAAAUACAAGUUUUAAUGUCUUCAAUUAGCCAUCCAUAAAGGAAACAUGACAUGCCUUUUAGGCUUUUAGUAUGUGCGGUGUGUAGUGUAAAAAAUUUAAUGUAAAAAAAUAUAUAUAUAUAUAAAGUAACUGUUG